AUGCCGUCCUAUAAAGUCGUCAAGAAGAAGGCAACGACCAAACAAAAAAUGAUGAACGCGAUCCUCGACUUACAAAAUCAAGCGCACAAGCUCUCCUUCUCCCAGCUAAAGGCGUCAAUUGCAAGUCUCACGUCAACAAUUCAAGCAGACCAGUCCGAGCUACCGACAGUUGCAAUUUCUUCUUUGAAUCUUGGCGAUAUCCAAGUUAUGCUUAAGUUGAAUCAUUCACUAAGUAACCUUGAGUUCCGCAACAAACCUCCGGUUGAGCUAUCCCCGAUCUGUACCCAGUGGUUGGACAUGACGAGAAACGCAUUUGGGAAAAGCGAGCCAAAUGAAGCAUUAACUCGGAUCACUCUGAACAACCUGCUUGUGUUCGCCCAUCACUGUGUCACCUCGCAACCUGCCAGCACUUCUACGGACUUGAACAUAAAUGAUUUGCACUUGAAUGCUGAAGGCUUAUGGCGGUAUGGGCCGGUCACAUAUAAGGGUCUCAAGUACGACCUAGUUGGGCGCCCAGACUAUAGCUUAUGGUAUGGCAACGAGGAAGACGUCGCAGUUAGUAUUGUUGUGGUCGAAGCCAAGGGUAGCGCAGGUGCAUCAAGCGGAGUCUCACAAACGCUUGGCUAUAUGGGUUGCGUGCACAGACGUCGGAAGGACCUCCAGAAAUUGGAUUCAACCGUAUACGGUGUCGUGUCUGACGGCCAGUGGUGGGUCUUCUUAAAAAUCAACAAUGAUUCAGAGUGGACGGAGCAUAUGAUUCCUGCUCGUCUUGGUAAUUAUCAAGAGGUGCUUGGUUUACUUGUGCAUAUGUUCCGUACUGCUGCGACUAUGUCUCCUGUUCAGUUAGAGAAGACAUCAGUCCAGACCCAUUCAAAAGAGUCGUCUGGUGUUUCGUACAUGGGGUUUGAUCUAGAUGCAGAGGAAGAGAGUAGCGAUGAGGAAGAGGUCUAA